UUGGCAAGUAAGUGGAAGAGUUGGGGCAUGGCAGGCCAUAAAUAAUUUGUCAAACCAACGCCCGCUUCAGACUCCUAAGAUCCACACUUUCAUGGCAGCCUGCGAGAUUUUAUAGUGAUGGGAAACGUUUUCUCAACUCCAUAGUCCCUACACAUACAGUAAGUGUCACAUCACCAUCAAUUUAAAUUUAAUUUAAUGGUAGUUAGUUGAUGAUUCCUAGGAAAGACCCAAACACAACAUUAUAUGUAUUAACAGUCGCGGUGGACGAACGGACGGCGUUUCUUGAUUAGUUAUGGAGGUGAUGUCGGAGAAACCGAGGUCCAAUGGGGGAGAUGAUAAUAAGAAGGGGAAGAAGAAGACGACGAAGGUGGAGUUAAGCCUAGGCAAAAAUGGAGGAAUUUUCAUUUUGUUGGGCGGGGCGUUGGUCACGGCUCUUAUUUCCUCGGCUUUCAGAAAGCACCGGAAGCCCCCCGGCGGUAAAGACGAAAGCCGCCGUGAGAGCCCGGCGGAGGAGAGCCCGGAGGCCGGGGAUGAGCAGAAGAACAAUAUCUGUGAGGAUGAAGAUCCGGUGAGAAAAGGGCUUCAGUUCAUUCUCUCUGAUCCUUCUUCACUCACGCAGGAGCAUCUGAGAAUCAAAGACGACAGAGGAGAAGGUGGUGAUUAUAAUGUCAGGAAGGAGAUGACGGAGGAGGAGAAAGAAGAAAAAAGAUCACUGAAAAUCCAGGCCCCAAGUACUGAAGAACAGGAUAGCCCUGCAGCAAGCGGUUGUAAUCAAGAAAUCAUCAGCAAUGGCAGUUCAAUUCCAGGCAGCGCAACAUCCAGCGAACAAGAAUAUUCAUCUCACCCAUUUUACACCCAUCCCCUUUUCGAUCAAGCAAAUUCUGAGGAUUUUCGCCUCACAAAGAUGAAUGAAACAGUUGAAGAAGAGGUGAAAGAGGUUGUGCCGGAAGAAAUGGAGUGUAGUGAAAAGAAUGUCAGCCCGGAAAUGGAAAUGGAUUUGUGUGAUGGGCAAGAUGCUGCUAUUAUAUACAGCAGCCCCGAGAUUGAGGGAAAUGAUGAUCAGAAGAACACAAAUUCUGAACAGGUAAUUAUAACAUCAGAAAUCACCCACCCUGAAUCUUGUGAAACCAAUGUGCAAAACCUGGAUUUAGCUGCUUUUCAUGUUCCUUUGCACAUUAACAUCUCUAAUGAACUCUCUACUACAACCAAAGAAAAUGGCACUACUAAUGAGCCAGAAGAAGAAGAAGAGGGAGAAGAGGUUGCUGGCAAUGAUGAGGAAGAAACCAACCAAAAUGGCACUAUUAAUGAGCCAGAAGAAGAAGAAGAAGACAAGCCAAUCCCAACUAUCCAAUUUGUUGCAGAACAACCUUGUAAUGAUUAUUGCGAAGGUGGUGUUUCCAUGGCUGAUGAGAAAGCAUUAGGUCAGUACUCAUCCAUGGAUAAAGUGGGAGAAGAGGUUGCUGGCAAUGAUGAGGAGGAAACCAACCAAAAUGGCACUACUAAUAAGCCAGAAGGACAAGAAGAAGAAGAAGAAGAAGAAGAAGAAGAAGACAAGCCAAUCCCAACUACCCAAUUUGUUGCAAAACAACCUUGUAAUGAUUAUUGCAAAGGUGAUGUUUCCAUGGCAGACGAGAAAGCAUUAGGUCAGUACUCAUCCAUGGAUAAAGAGGGAGAAGAGGUUGCUGACACUGAUGAGGAAGAAACCAACCAAAAUGGCACUAAUGAGCCAGAAGAAGAAGAAGACAACCAAAUCCCAACUAUCCAAUUUGUUGCAGAACAACAUUGUAAUGAUUAUUGCAAAGGUGGUGUUUCCAUGGAAGAUGAGAAAGCAUUAGGCCACUACUCAUCCAUGGAUAAGGAGGGAGAAGAGGUUGCUGGCAACGAUGAGGGAGAAACCAACCAAAAUAUCGAGAAAACCCUUGGCGAAGAUGACACUGCCACAGCCAAACAGCAUCCCAUUCUGCCAUCAAAUGACAAAGAGGGAGAUGAAGAAACUACUGAUGAUGGCAAUAAUGAAUGUGAUUAUGAUGAAGAAUAUGGCUAUGGUGAUGGGGACGGAGAUGAUGACAUUUCUGAGGAAAUGGAAGAAAGCUCAGAAGGAGUGAUAUCCUCUGAUGAAUCUGAUGAUGAUGGGGCAAUCUGGCCAGCAGAGCCAGCACAGAUCCCUUUAAUGGGACUGAAAGGGCCUAAAGAAGAGAUAGAAGAUGACAAUAGAACACUAAAAUCAGAAGCCUACAUAAACCUUAAAACCAUCAACAACACCAAACUGCAGACAGCUGAUUUAAGGAUGAACACCAUUCAAGCCAGUGCCAGGAAACUUGCGAUUCUGGAUAACCUAUUCGCCUACUCGCUACAAUCAAAACGAACCAUUCUUGCAGGAACCCUUACAUUGCUUAUUGCAUACUCAUGCUUCUGCUACUUUGAGCUACCAUUCUUGAAACCUUCUCUUGUUGUCAUUGCAGCCGUGUUUUUAUCUAAGGUCGUCCUAGCUGGUUGAAGAACACCCAUUUCUUGAAUAAUUAUUCACUGUUUAGUUCUUUUAUUAAUGCAACUGAUAGAGAUUUGCAGUUGCUUGAAUAAAAAAUUAGAAAAGUUGCUGUUUA